AUGUUCAUCAAGUUUAACAUCUGGAAUUGUCCUGAAAAUGCGGAGCACAAAAACCGAGUGGGCACCGAGUCCUUGAAAAAAAGAAUUACGAAACAAACACCAGCACAGCCACCAUCGCUAUCCAUCAUUCAUCCCGACAUGGUUUCAACAGUCGCAAUUUUGGUUGAAUGUGAUGACGAUCGUGAAUUAAGAGUUGACUGUGUUACGAACAACGCAUACACACAAGAAAUCAUUACCACCACUUCCCUGUUAAUGGCAUUCUGGCACAAUGCAAAGAAUUAA